AUGUCGGUCCCUCCCGGAUCCAUGACCUCACGUUGGACAGCAGCCAACUGUUUGAGCUCCUUGCUCUUCCUCUACCUGCUGGUGGCGCUGUUCGUUCAGAUGACUGGAGACACAGCCCUGGAUAAGAACAUCCGUCAAGCGUUUAAUGUCACAACGGUGGUCCGUCACAAAGCGUCUGUAGCUGGGGACCAGAUAGGAGGAUCCCAGCCAGACCUCCCAGCCCCUGUAGAAGACACCUGCUGCUGCCUGAGGAACACACCGAUCCGAUAUGGUACACCCUUACUUCAGAAGGGGCUUGGUCUGGCUGGGAUGCUCCCCCAGCAGCAGCAGUACCACCUGCCCCUAGGCUCCGGUUCAGGCCCCGCCCAGCUCCCUAUACCCCCUCAGAUAGCCCUGAGAGAAUCUCCCGUGUUACUCUGUCGCAUCAGCCAGGAGACCGUCCAGGACGUCAUCACACACACUAUGGAGAUCUUCCAGACCACAAGAGCAACACAGGUGCCUAACGGGGCGACCCAGGACCGCUUCGGGAAACUCCAGGAGCACCUCCGUCCACUGGCCCUGCUCUUCCGCAAUGUGGAGAUGACCUCUGACCUGCAGGAAGAACUCCCAGAGCUGGUGCCAUAUGUAGGAGAGGAGAUGGAGCCCUGCGAGAGUGAGCCCUGCAGUCCAGCUGUAAACCAGGAGAGACAAGAAGUGCUGGAGAAGGUAAGGCAGAAGAACCAGGAGAUUAAGAUUCUGGACCAGAUGAGGAACUUGCUAUGGGACGUCAAUGCCUUGCUGACACUCAGGAAAUAA